CAUAUAUUAUAUUACAUACAUAUACCUAGGUACCCAUCAAUUUUCUUUCACUUUUAAAAUUAAUUGACUGAAUUCGUAUGGAAGAUCGUGUCUGUUCGUAUGUAAUUAUUGUUGUUUACACUUCGUAGUGAUUGUCGCAAUGGACCUGUCUGGGUUCUGUCGGUACUGUUUGACUGAAGACGACGCAAAAACGCCCAUAGUCGAAGAUCCUGAUGGUCUGGCUGAGAAAAUAAAUAUGUGUUUACCGAAUAAAUUUUCAGAAGAAGAUCCGUUCCCUAAAAUGAUAUGUAACAGUUGUCAUAGAAAACUUUUGGAGACGUACAAUUUCUUUAUGUGCAUCCAGGACACCGAGAAUCAUUUUCGCGGCAUCUUGGAUCAAAUGAAUCAGCCACCAAGUGAUUGUGAUGUAGAGACACCUACGGUUAGAAGACCGAGCAAAAGAAAGUCCGGACCUUGUAAACGUUUGUCUGUUAAAUCUCCCAAGAAAACUGCUCAUGCUGAGAUUGUAGAUAAAAAUGAAGAUCAGAGCAAAUCUGUGGACGAAACCUCGGAUAGUUUGACAGAAAAACAAGAUAAACCCCUUCAUGUAUGUGAAGUCUGUGAUCGUACAUUUCAAAAUCUUUUGGCAUUUAACACUCAUGUCUUAAAUCAUAAUAAUGAACCUCCUACUAUUUCAUGUGAGUCAUGUGGUUAUACAACACAGCAUCGAUCUUCUAUGUACCGUCAUCAAAAACGUCAUCUAAAGCAGUCCAAGUAUACAUGUUCAGAAUGCAACAAGAAUUUUAUUACAGAAAGUUCACUAAAUGAACAUAAAAAUAAGCAUACUGGUGAUAAGCCAUUUAAGUGUGAAUCAUGUAAAAAAUCAUUUUCAUUAUCUCGAUACUUAGCAACACACAUGCGUCUUAUACACGGUGACACAGUAUCAUAUGUAUGCACUCAAUGUGGGCGUAAAUUUGAUGAUCGGAGCUCACUAGCUUUACACCGUCGAACACAUAAAAGAGCCAUGUCUUGUCUAUGUGACAUAUGCGGCAAAGAAUUGUCCAGCAGAGAACAUUUGAAGUUACACAAACGAUUACAUACCGGAGAGAAACCAAACGUAUGUAGCUUCUGUGGUAAAGGUUUUGCAAAACAAUGUACGUUAGUAUUACAUCUCAGGACUCACACUGGUGAAAAGCCUUAUCAAUGUGAUCAGUGUGGUAAGACAUUCUCACAGCGUUCUUCUUACGUAAUUCAUUAUAGAAAACAUACUGGUGCAAGACCUUAUGUGUGUGCUUGUGGUAGUGGUUUUGUAUGCAGAGCAAUGUUAACUGCACAUGAAAAGACAUGUGCUUUUGUUUUUCCUAUCAACAUGUACCAAAGCAUGUACUAACUUAACAUAAUUUUUUAAUCUUUAUCAAAUUUAUUAUUGUUUCUAUAAUUAUCAUUGUUAUGACUUAUGAAUUAUGAUUAUAAUUUAAACAUUUUUUUUAAAGGCCAUAGUUUUUGAGUCCCCUACCAAGUGUUCACUUCUUUAUGAUGGAAUGUUUUUUUAUUUAAUACUAAAGGUGUCAAAACUAGAAGUCAACACUAAAUUAAAUAAUGACUCAUUCAUUUUUAUGCCUUACAUAUUUUAUCACUUGGAAUUUGUAUAGUUAGUCAAAUAAAAAAUAUAUUUUUUUUUGUAUGGUAUGUACAUGGGAGUACGUCCAAAAGCCUAGUUAGUUUGCCUGUUUGGCAUAAAUUUUAUUGAGCACUCGUAAGUUUCUACCAUGUCCUAUUUUGGUGGGAUGGUGGUCUCUUACACUUGGCAGUUGUCAGUUCUGAGAGACCUACACCUACACCUUGUGGCUGUGUUUUUACCGACAAUUAUACACAUUUUAACUGCCACCAUAGCCCUAUUGGCCACUUUGUGCUCCAUUAAAA